GAAGUGCUUCCGGAUCAAAGUUGAUUCCCUUACAUCCACAUGUGAUUCACAUGUUUACAUGGGCAUUUAUAUUCGGAGUAAAAUAUUGGUGACACUGACAUCGGAAUACAUUUAUUACAGACUGUUAUAGUAAAAGAGCGCCGAUAUGUCGGACAGUGAAGAUGAAGCUUGUGAACGGACUUCGGCAGCAAAGAAGAGCGUUUCAAAAUACCAAUGUCCGGGUGACUUUGUGCCCAUGUCGUAUGGUUCCUCUGUAAGCGCCUUAUGGGACGAAGAUGAAAAGAAUGAAUUAUGGCUCAUCAAAGCUCCAGCUCGUUUUGAUCCUAAAUGCUUUGAAAAGCUCAAAGUUCCCUUAUCAGGACUGGAAAUGGUCCAGUCUUGUGGCACACCUCAGAUCUACAGCGUCCUCAGUAGCAGGACAGCACCAUCAGACCUCCAUCUGCUCAUUUCCAAAGGGAAGCCUUUUCUCUGUUCCUCUGGCUUCAGUGGUGUCCUCAAGAUCUCAGAGAGCUACGGAAAUUGCAGUGAGAAUCAAGGUCCCGUUCCCAUCCCGGCCACUCCAGCUCCAUCCAUCCCAGCUGGUCUGAAGCAACGUUUCCAGCCUUUUGGUAGUUCCAUUGCAGCUCACAGGCAAGAUGAAGUCACCGUAGUCUCUCCAACUGCUCCCAAGAGAACCAGUCAGGAUCCGUUUGAGGGCGAGGAGCGGAAAAAGAAGAAAAAGAAAAAGAAAGACAAGAGGCAAGAGGACAGUGACACAGUUUUUAUCAAGGAAGAACAGACACAGAUUGACUGUGAUCAGUUAGAGUUAUCUGAGCUUAUGGAGGAAGAACCAAUGGAGGAAAGGAGGAGGAGGAAGAAGAAAAACGUGAAGAAAGAGAAGGAAAGACAUAGUGAAGACAUAAGUGAUGCAAGUUUAAUAUCCAAAACAGAGCCACUGGAUCCUUCUUAUGAUUACAUUGACACACCAGGGAAGACCAAAAAGAAGAAAAAGAAAAGUAGUCGACACGAGUAGACUGUCAUAAGAAAUGCUUUAUCAAUUUGUCAUGUUCACAAAUGCUUACUGUAAUAUUUAACUGUCAAAUAUAAUGGAGAAACUGUCUGUCAUAAAGUAAUUCAAGAGUUCUGUAAAGCAUUCAUAAUUACCUUAUGCAUUGAUUUAUUCUUCUGC